AAUCAGAGCCGAUUCCCUAGGCAGUAGUCGAUGUCCUAGAAACAGCCGAUAUGUCAACGAUCACACUACCAUUCCUACAGGAUUUACUGAAAGCAGAGUACCCUGAUGUCUCUAUUGAAGAGUAUGAAGGAGCCCCCGGAUCAAAACGGGGUGACAACUAUACUUCAAUGGUAUAUCGGAUCACUCUAAAGGGCCACAGAAACCCAGACACCGAAGAAAAACAACCGUGGACCGGCUCCAUCAUCUACAAAUGCCUGCCAGAAAGUAUUUUACGUCGAGAAGCGUUCAAAAGCGACGAGCUUUUCUGCAACGAAGUGGCAUUUUACAACAAAAUAUGGCCUUCCCUUUCUGCAUUUCAAGAUCAAUGGAAUCUAGCGCAUCCGUUCAAAGCUAUACCUAAGUGUUUUUUGGCACAGAACGAUCUAGUAAUCCUAAAAGACCUAAAGGAACUAGGUUUUGUGAUGCCGGACAGGAGACAGGGUCUGACGGUAGAACAAUGCUAUUUUGUUCUGAAGCAUUUAUCCCAUUUCCACGCUUUGUCUCUCGCUAUGAAGUGUUACAAUCCCGAGGGUUUUUAUGAGCUGUUGAACAUACAGGAUGGGAUUUCAGAAGUAUUCUUCCUAUCCGAAAACGAAGAAUACUACAGAAGCUAUUACACCGAAGCCAUUCAGAACGCCAUAGCCAUGGUAGAACAGGAGCUGCAGGACUGCCCUGACAGAGAGAAGUACCUGGCCAGGUUCAAGAGCUUCUGCAGCGAAGACACCUUCUUCCAGACCAUGGUUGACAUGGUGGCGCCACGAGAACCGCUGGCUGUCAUCUGCCAUGGCGACUGCUGGACUAAUAAUUUGCUGUUCCGAUAUGUUAAUGGCGAUAUUGCUGAAAUGUACAUAGUAGACUUCCAGCUGGCCCGCUACUCGUCCCCCGCCCUGGACCUGGCCUUCCUCCUGUAUCUGUGCCUGGACCGUCAGCAGCGGGCAGAGCACAUGACGUCACUGCUGGAGUACUACACGGAGGAGCUGCACGCUAGAGUAACGGAGAUGAGCGGGGAACAUGCCCUGGAUAGAGAUACGCUUGCGUCUAUGAUCCAAGAAGAGUUCCGAGAGAGCAGUCGCUUCGGUCUCGGCAUUGCGUUGGAUAUGUAUCCCAUUAUGACUUGCGAUAGUGAUGAGGCACCCAACUUAUAUCAAGCCAAGGAGAGUGAAAUAACUCCAUCUCACGAAUGUGUCAAGCCAGUGUGGACUUCAAACGCGGCGUGCAGAAAGAAAAUGGCCGACCUUGUUAUAGAGCUAGUUGAUGAAGGAUUGUUAUGAAAAUAGAUGUUAAUUGGAAUAUUAUAUGCGAAUUUAUUAUCGUAGUUUUAAUUUAAGUUUAUGUGACUAUUUUUAUCCAAUUUAAAGUUGAUUGUGUUUAAAAAUUAUAGUUUUCAUAUUGAUUCUAAAUUCUUUACAUGUAAAGUUAUUUGCGUGUGUUAUGUUUGAAUGUCGAAUGCAUUUGUUGUGAUUAUCAUAUAAUAGUGUAAAAACACUAAUGUUUAUUUUUGAGAAUGGAUGAAACUAUUAUAAUAAAAUGAUUGAGAUUUUAGUAUGGUUGAAAUGAAACAAAAAUAGUCGUAUAUAAACUUUAUUGUAUCAAGUUAAAACACAUACAAUAAAUUUGUGUUAAUCUUA